GGACAGAUGCCAUAUCUCCUCAAUCCUCAUGCCAAGCGAAUAAUUUAGCAGCUCAACAAGAGGUUUGGAAAUGGCGAACAAGUUUGUAGUUCUUCUUGGUGUUGUCCUGGCCUUUCUCCUCGUCUGCCAGGAUUUGGCAUGUGCUAGAGGGCUCACUGAAACCAAUGAGUCUGAAGGAAAAGAUGUGAAGCCUGCUGGAGGAGUGCCUGGACUCAAGGAUGAAAAGUGGGGAGGUGGUUACAAUGGAGGAUAUGGCAAUGGCGGCAGUUAUGGUGGUGGGUACGGUGGUGGCUAUGGGCCUAGAUAUGGUGGAGGAUACCACCAUGGCCACGGAGGAGGCUAUGGGCCCGGAUAUGGUGGAGGAUAUGGAUCUGGACAUGGUGGUGGCUAUGGUGGCCCUGGAUACGGUGGUGGCUAUGGUGGCCCUGGAUACAGUGGCGGGUAUGGUCAGCCUGGGUAUGGCAGAGGAUAUGGCGGUGGCUAUGGUGGUGGCUAUGGAGGAGGAUAUGGUAGUGGCAGCGGGUAUGGUGGAGGAGGGGGCUAUGGAGGCGGAUAUGGAGGAGGUGGACACCAUGGUGGAUGGAAUUAAGUGGUAGAGCUAUGCAUGUUUCUCUAUGUCAAACAAUUAAGAAACACAUCGUGAUGAUAGGUUUGAAUGUUGCAUGGCACUUUGGUGAUACAAAUCAUGUCUAUGUAUGGUAUAAAACAUGGUGAUGGAUGUACUGUUGUGUACAUUAGAUGGAUUUAAUCCUGUCUUGCAUGAAGUGUGGUAAUAAGAGCUAGGCAGCUAGCCAUGUAUGGCAGUGUGCACUAGCUGGCUUUUAGAACUGGUACCUCAUCAUGUAUGGACCUAUGUAUACAUAUAAAUAAAUGACUAUCCUUUAAAGUUGUGUAUCAAA